AUGUCGCGGCCGCUGCGCGCGCUCCCGGCCCAGCCGUCCCCGGCCGCGGCGGCGCGGGCGCUGCGGCGCGCGGCGCGGUUCGUGCGGCGCGCGCUGCCGCUGUGCCGCGCGCACACCGUGGAGUUCUUCACGCGCGGGCUCUGGGAGCGGCUCGUGGCGCCGCGCCCCGACGCCGUGCUCGAGGCGCUGCGCGCGGCCGGGCCGCUGGCGCGCCCCCUGGCGGCGGGCUCGGGCGCCGCGGCGGCGCCGUGCGAUGAUGACAUCUUUUCCAGUGCCUUUUGUGAAAACUCUGAGAAGCUUAUCAAUGUACAUUUGUUUGCCCUGGCUGCUAAGUAUUAUUCUUUGUCCAACCUUGGAGUCUGUACCCCGUUAGAAGAUGUGCUUGAAGCACUGAAAGGAGACAGUGAAGGUGCAACAGGUAUCACACCAGAUGAGUUUAUGAAUAAUAAGAAAUCACAUGAAGUGCAGGUGAUGUCAGAGCUGGUAGACAGCAUAGCGAAUUAUUGUGGGAUAAAGCAGGUGAUCGAUAUAGGUUCUGGAAAAGGCUACCUGAGUUCGUUUUUGUCCAUGCAAUAUAACUUAAAAGUUUAUGGAAUUGACUCCUCAAGCUCCAACACAAAUGGUGCUCAUGAAAGAAAUAAAAAAUUGAAGAAACACUGGAAAGCAUAUCAGAGUCGAGGAAGAGAAAACCUCAAAAGCCAGAGUUUGGAUAAGGCAAAUGACAGGCCAGUGGAAAGUAAAAUUAAUUGUAAAGCAAUCCAUGAAGAGCUCUUAAAUAAUGCCAGCAGUCUUCCAAAUCAGGACCAAGUGAUUAUCCAAGAUCCUUCUUACAGUUCCACAGAAAUGGCUACACCUGAAACCAACACAGAAACUGAAGCUGAUUUGGUGACUGGAACACAAUCUCAUGAGACCAAACUUUCUGAAGACGUUCUGGCUGUUCUGAAUGUUCUUCCUGCUGAUGCUGUAGAGGAUUUUUCUUCAUCUCGUUAUAACUGUAGGGAGCUCUGUGAAGAGGAAAAAGUCCAAAGAAAAAUGACAUCUCUCAAGACUAAAGCAAGAAAGUCAAGUGAAUCAAACCUGUAUUUUCCAUUGACCUCCUGCAUCACUGCAGAAACAGAACUCAAUGACAUCAUAACAGAUCUGGAGGACUGUAUGAUGGUGGGCCUACAUACAUGUGGAGAUCUUGCUGCUAAUACACUACGAAUUUUUACUGCCAAGCCUGAAAUCAAAGCCGUUUGCAGUGUGGGCUGCUGCUACCAUCUGUUGUCAGAACAGUUUGAAAACCAAGAAGAAUGCCACGACCAAGUCUGGGGAUUUCCCAUGUGUCAGUACUUAAAGGACAAAGGCUGGUGCUGUGGUCGCAAUGCUAGGAUGUCAGCAUGCUUGGCUUUGGAGCGAGUUGCAGUUGGCCAAAUGCUGCCUACAGAAUCAUUGUUUUAUCGAGCUGUUCUUCAGGUUAUUAUAGAAGAAGUUUAUGGUGUCACCAAAAGUGAUCGACAUGUUGGAAAAACCUUCUCCAAGUCAUCCUCCUUCAUAGAUUAUGUCAGACGGUCUCUGAAAAAGCUGGAACUGGAUGAUUCAAAGCUCCCAGACAGCUGUAUAAUGGAUUACUAUGAAAAGUACAAGCACAGAAUGAAUGAGCUUGAAGCAUUCAAUAUGUUGAAGGUUGUUCUGGCUCCUUGCAUAGAAGUUUUGAUACUUCUGGAUCGUCUUUGCUACCUCAAGGAGCAGGAAAACAUUGCCUGGUCUGGUCUUGUGAAGUUAUUUGAUCCUGUGAAGUCCCCCAGAUGCUAUGCAGUUAUUGCUCUGAAGAACCAGUCAUGUUCUUAAGUGGAAGCAAAUUGCAAAGAGAUGGUGCAGAGUAUAAACAGAAAAAUAACCUGCACUGUAAACAAGAGGCUCAUAGACUAAAUAGGAUCUUUGUACUACGUCUGCUUCAGGACAUCAGGACCAGCUUAUUUAUAGAGCAGCACAGAAGAGCCUAAGCAGCCUAAGAAGAGCCUAACCUGCAAAGGACAGUCUUGUAUCAACGCCUUCUUCCUUCAGGCAUUUUCCUGGCAUGCACUCAUUUGCCUGUCACUCUGAAAGAAAAGUAUGUGUGCUCUAAUCCAGUGGGAGAUUUCCCAGUGCUUAAGAAUCAGCUGCCCUGCUGGCGUUCACUCUGUGACCCUUGGGUUGUAUUGGAAAGCUGUUAUCUGGCUCGAAUCUGUUGGGUAUAAAUACUUGGGGACCCAAAUGAAUUGAAUCUUCCUAGGCAGUUUCUUGUUAGCUGUGCUGCAUUCAUGAGUGGGAAAUUUAUUUGUUGAUGCAUUUAUCUCAAUGGGUUGCCUAAUUAAACUUGCAGAUUUUCUAUCAAUUAAAAAAAAGUUUAUUUUCUAAGUCCUAAUGCUUUUAUUAGAAUUUUCCACCGUAUGUAAAAUAUAAUUAACUACUACUGCACAGAAAAAAGGACAACAAAUAAAUAAUAAAAUACAGCAUUAAAGAUGAAGAAAAAGGGGAGAAAGAGGAAGAGACUACACAUGGAGGAUGAGAAUAAUGAAAAAUGUUUUUAUAUUAAUUGUAUAAUGAAAGUAAUUAGACUGAGACUGAGAUAUGAGUAUGAAUGGAUCUUACUCUGUUGCAGUUUGCAAAAUAUGAUGAGAGCUUGUGAACAUGGCCACUCAAGUAAAGAGAAGUAAGGUAAUUUCCUAACAAGUCACAUCUUUCUUGAUGUAUUCACUUGGAAGAAAUAUUUUGGUUUUAUGUCUAAACUCACUGCUGUCUGUUUUAGAGCUCCAGUCCGUAUUAAUUCCAGUUCCAGUAUAAGCUUCUGAUAUUUCUUUGGUCUGAGUAUAUUCAAUCCUUAGAGCUGCUGAACAUCUUCAGUGCCCAAGGAAAUUAACAGAAGUUGCAGGUCUGGAACGGUAGUAAGGGAAAAACAAGGCCUUCCAUAUAUGCCACCUUUUGUUGUACAGAGAGUACUGAAGAAACUAGCAAGCUGCUGAAUUUCUUUGCUCAGGAGAGGAAUCAAAAGAAGGAAAACCCUUUCCUAACCUCUAAGCAUCUGGAAGGAAAAAAACCAAUAAUAUCCUAUAUAAAAAGGCAAUCUAAAGUACAUGAUGUUAAAAAGAAAAAAGGUGAACAAAAAUCCUAGAAAAAUAGGUUUUAUUAUAUUAUGUUCUGGUAAGACAUGAUGACUAAUUGUUACUGAAGUGUUACAGUGUUGUCAUCCCUAUUUUAUGUGCUGUUCAAAAAAUGUACUUGGGGAAGAAAUUGCCUUUUUUCCUGUUACAAAUCAGUUCUUCUACAUUUUCAGACCAAAUUCUAGAAACUAGGCAUAUAUGAUGUUCAAACAAAGAAAGCAGUUUCCCACUGAAAACAAGGGCUUAAGAGUACCUUUUUAUGGUCCAAAAAUACUCAUUUGAGCAAGCCCCGUCUGGUCUAAUCUGAACACGGUCGAAAUUGCAAAGGGUAUACAGACUAGUGUUAAUUUGAUGUGAUAUGUCUGUAAUGCUAGAUAAAUUCAAAGCUAAAUUUUUAUUACCAUCUUAAGAGAACAUUUACAACAGUUUAGAAAAACAAGCACAUCUCUAGGAUUAGCACAAGUGCUUGUCUACUGUUUUAAAAAGGUCUGAAUAAAUUUGCAUUCCCUCCCCCAGCAAUUUCUCAGGCUCUUUUCAGUGCUUUUCAUGCACUUUGUAGUCUGUGCAGGCAAAAACAGAGGCAAUGUGCUUCUUAGAAUAAUAACUAUCAAGAGGUUUAUAUGAUGAGGUUGGAUUCAAGCAAAGUCAGUUGCUGGCUGCUCUCGAAGCUGUUUCAAGGCUUUGGGCGCCUGAAUACCUAUGAGUUAUUGUUUACACAGUGGAAAAAUCCCUGACAGUAAUCAAGAUGAAUAAAACCACUUUUCCUCAUGGUUAUUGCCAGAAGUUUUCCCAUAAAGUAAACUGUAUUCUAAAUAUGAUUAAGUCCUUUGAUAGGAAAGAAUCUCCAUUUUCUUUCAGUGUUGCAGACAAUUAUCUAUCUUGCUGUGCUCCCUAAGGAACAGAGGAUAUACCUGCUUUCCAUCAGGUGUUUGUCUAAUUCUGUUUGUGGCACAGCUAUGCAUUCUUUAGCAGAUUCAGACUGUUUUAUUUAUCUUUCUUAGGGUGGAAACCUGUUCUUAGAUGGAGGAACAAGAGUAUAUGCAGGGUAUGUGUGCAACGUUAACAUUCAAGAGAUCAGUGUAGCUGUAAAAUCUCCAAGCCUGCUUUUGUGACAAACUUUAAUUCUGCAGGUCGAGUGGCAUUCCUCAGGGAUUGGUAUUGGGACUGCUGAUGUUUAACAUCCUUGUUGGAGACACGGGCAGUGUGAUGGAGUGCAUCUCAGCAAGUUUGCAGAUGAUGCCAAGUGGUGGGGUGUGGUCAAUGUGCUGGAGGGAAGGGAUGGCAUCCAGAGGGAUCCUGACAGGCCUGAGAGAUGGGCCUGUAAGAACCUCAGGAAGGCCAAGUGGAAGAUACUGUACCUGUCUGGGGCAAUCCCAGGCACAGACACUGGCUGGGCAGAGAUAAUGGAUUGAGAUGAGACCUGGGGAGGACGAGGGGGAAUGGUCUCCCUUGCUGAAGGAGGGUAGGCUGAGAUUAAGAUGUUAGGAAAAAAUGGUGAGCACUGGAACAGGUUGCCAGAGAGGUUAUGGACUCCUCAUCCCAGAGGGUGUCCAAGCCCAAGUUGGAUAGGGCUCUAAGACCUGGUCUAGUAGAGGGUGUCCCAGCCCAUGGCAGGGGGAUUGGUACUGGAUGAUCUUCAGGGUCUCUUCCAACCCACACCAUUCUAUGAUUCUAUGAUUCUAGGUCUGAUCCCUGACUUGUAACAUGACACCACAAAAAGUUUUGUGCUGUUUUAGUUUCUGGGAUUUUACUUUCAAGGUUUCUUUUUUUUUCUGAUUAAAUAUUAGGUAUAUUUUAUAGUAAAUUAUCUUCUUCAUUUACAUUAUUCAUUAUUGUUAAAUGCUUAGUAUCUACUCAGAGUUAACAUGCUUUAGCUUGUUGGUCUUGAUGGACUUAAAAUCUUGAGACUCUGUCCUGUGAUGGCAUAAAAUCCGCACAAGCUAAAUGUAUUUGGCUUUGUGGCAACAGUAUGUCUUUUAAAUGACUGGAGUACUUAUUGGCUUAUAUUUACUUUUUUCAUGAAAACUGUGUCAUUAUAUUGGCAGAUAUCACUGGUACUAAGGGCAAAUGGUAAAAUAGGGCCAGCACCAAGAAAGUCUUCCCUACUUAUGUAUGAACUAGCCAACUUAGUGAGGUGCUUCAGACUUUCCUUUCCCAGGGAAGUAACUGAAUAGCAAUCACUAUUAGCAUCUUUAAAUCUCUUUAUCCCAUGAGUCUUAGCAUCCUCACUGAUAUCUGUUCUCCUUCUUCCUGAUGUAUAGUCUAGUGCACUGAAAUGAGGGCAAUUCUUGCUAGGCUCUGGGCCGUGAAGAAUUUUCAGUAUUUGUAAGCAAAUCAGAACUGAGGUAUAGUUGUCCAGACACUUAAACCAGCCAUCUAACCCUUAGAACUGUGAGUUUAGCUCCCUAAAUUUCUGAAAUUCAAAUUUUGAGUUUCAAAGUCCUGCCAGAUGGGAGCAUGGCUUAAUUCUCUGGGAAUCCAGCUGUAGUUCUCUCCCUAUCUGAAAUAACCAACUCACAUUGGUGGGUCUAUAUGCUGUAUCUCUAGGCAACUGCUGAAUAAGUUGGUUUCUUUGAAUUUGCUUAUCCCUGCUUGUUAUCUCUGUCAAUGUUGUAGUUCAGUGUACUGUUAGAUAGAGUAAAAUACUUCUGAGAUUUAGGAUGCCUCAGAGAAGCUACACCACAGUUAUGCUUCUUGUUGCUUUCUCCCUUAAAUUAAUUCCUGAUGAUCAGAAAGAUUAGUAAGCACCAGACAUUCUGGGAGGCAUAGGCUAUUAAAAAUUACUGUGCACAAUAUCUUCUCUUCACAAGUCUUUCUCAAUUCAAGAGCUCUAAAGCAUUUUCUUCACAGGAAUUCCAGAGCACAUUAUCAUUAAACUCAGACAUCUAAGGAAUCCACCAGUAUAAUGAAGAUUGGCCUCAAACUUAAAACAAUCUUCCCAGUAUAAACCUACAUUCUCUUCAAGGCUGUCUGCAAUGUGUCUGUAUCAAACUGGAAACAAAUAGACACUUGUCUGACAUUCACAGUGAUGCUGUUCAUGAAAUGAGAAAGUGAAUGGCAGUCCACUCUCUGCUUGAUGCCAAAAGGCAACAGAACCCCUAGAAUGGGUAUGCCAAACAUUCAAAGAUUUCUCCUGAUACCAUUAUUGAAAUUCUUUUAACAGAUUUUUUCAGUCAGUUCAGUCUGUUACUUACUUCAGUCACUACUGACUGUCAUCAACAGGUCUACAAUGUCCGGUGGUUUAUGUUCCACAGGUGGACCUUUCUCUCAAUACACUUGUCCAAACAGUAAAUUACUUCAACUAAUAGCUAGGAGUGAUAGCUACUCCUAGGUUUAUUUAUGGAUUUUAUAGUAGAUUUGUUUUAUCCAAGUGGAAUCCUGCUAUAUACCAUAAUUUUCUCAGAAAUGUGCAUUUGAAGUACCUCAGAAAAUAGUUUGGAGAUUACCAAUUAAAUGUAAAAGAAAUUUAAAUUGUACUGUGUAAUUGUGUUCUUGGUAGGAAAGCACAAUAUAUGUCAUACAUCAUGGGGUGCACUCUUGGCCAGAAUUUGAUAAUUCACAAAUACAGAACACAUAGACAGGAUUACACAGAGAAGAUAUCUCAGAGAUUUGCCAUUACCAUAAAGUGUAUUGCUGUCCUUUAUAAACCCUAAGAAGAAAUGUAAUUGUGCUAUUUAACUGGAAUACAGGAAAACUGGAACUUUCAUUAAGUAAACAGGAGAGUCACAUUUUAAACUUGCUUAUAAUUUAGGAACUAGCUGCAAAAGUGACAGAUUUUUGGGGAGCAUCCAUCUGAUACACUGUUCACCCCGGGAAAUCAAGCAGUUUCCUACACAACAUUUAUUUUGUCCCUGUUCUAUAAUCCAAGUAUAUCCUUUUUUUGCUUUUUGUUUUUUUUGUGUGUGUAGGAGUUGGUUAUUAAUUUAUCUCUUUUCAGUUUUUUGCAAUUACAGUCACCGUGGUUAUGUGUAAUAAGCAGGAGAUUUUAUUUCUUCUUGUAACUACCACAUGCUAACAAGAUACAAUUAUUUUGUAUCUUUGUUUAAGAUUAACAAAGACCAUCCAAAAGCAGAAUAUCACUUCUGAAUUUCACUCAUUUAUCUGUGGAUUAAAAAAUUCUGCAUGUGAAACCCGUGAAACUCUUAAGUUUUCAUUACAAAAUUGUCAGAUUUGUACAAGUCUCUUUCUUUUUGCAUCUUGACCAGUAGGAACUUACUGAUGUAGAUAAAGAUGUUGUCAGGGUAGCUGGUAUUGGGUUUCAGAUGGAAUUUAUCAGGAAAAUCAAGAUGCACUAAAUCUACUGAGGCAACAAAUCAGAUUGUUAGACUGAAGCUGAGAUGGCCUUAACACACUGUCAACUCUUUCAUGACUCACUGAUGAAAAGAGCAAAGCUGUCUGCUUACUGAAUAACUCAGUAGUGUCUGGCACUGAAGGAGAAAAUUCCAAAGCGGAAAGGAGCAGUGAUCACCUCUCUCGAUUAUACAAACCUUCAGAGACAAUAAUUAAAAUGUACAGUUGUAAAUCUGUGCUGUUUAUUACACCUCCUAUUAUUAGAGUAAUGAAUAAAGACUGACAGCAGAAGCAACCAUGCUGUUUCUCUGCUAUAAAUCCUAAAUUCACUUGUUAGUCUUAGAAAGUCUAAAGUCAUCAAGAGGACUCAACAGAUGUUAAAAACGGCAAAAAGAGCUGUACAUUGCUUGAAUAAAUGUGCCAUUUGCUAAGCUUUUUAUGUGCUGAGGCAUGGGCAUCAAUUCAAAGAACACAAUUCACAAAAUACUCAGCAGCAUAUAAAAUAAGUUUUAUCAAUUUUAAGCUCUCCAUUGUUUAUUGACAAUUAUUAGCUAAUACAAAAAAGCUUUCAUUUCACAGAAAUUUUAAUUUUAGUUUGAGAAUAUGAAUAAGGGUAGAGAGUCACAUAAUAAAAAUGCAUAUCAUUAAGAUUAUGCCUAGACAAAUUCUUGAGAUAAGUAAAAGAUAUCUGUCAAACAGUAUAGUGAAGACCUGCAUCGUCUUUUGAGUCACUGGCUAGUUUCUGUUGAUUUCCAAGGGAGCAGGCUUAGAUACAAAAGCAUCUGCUGAAGACAAACAGUGUGGGUGAUCAAAUACCUUUUGUACGAGGGCAGUUCCAAAUUUACAUUUCUGAAGGUGAAGAGAUCGUGUUUGCUUCCUUUAUUCAUGCGUGUUGAAGUUGAACAGUAUAGAAAUGAUUGUGAAUGCUGGUUCAUCAUUGAAAUCCUCCUGACAUACAAGAGAAGGUUUAAAUGGCAUUUUGUUUUGUUUUGAUUUGUUUUUUGUUUCAGAGAAUAUGUUUGAAUGCAUCCAAACUCUCAGGAUUUUUUCUCCUCUCAUUAGUCCUUAACAACGAGGGCACUGACUACAGUAACAGAGUUAAACAGCACUUUUUGUUCUUAAGAACAACUGAAGUGUCACAGCCUGUACUUUGACUGAAUCCAAUGGUUUAAUUCCCAUGAACACCAUUAGAACUGAUUCUAUGAAUAAGGAAAGUAAGAUUUAGCCUUAACUCUUAAAAAAGCAACACUUGUCACAGUGCUCUAACAGAAUAUUUUUAUAGUGAGAUUGCAAUUUUUAUUCACUUUUUAUUUUCCCCUGUAUUUGCCUUCCUGUCUUUUUUGUAUGCAGAAAUUUUGUAAAAUAUUGUACAAGAAAAGACUGAAUUUAUCUGAGGGGUAUGUUUCACCAGUUAGCCAUCUCUACCAGCACUUACCAAGCAGCACAUCCCUUAUUCAUGAACCAUGUGUUAAAGAAAGGAAUGUUAAUUAAUAACUCUUUCUGCACAGCCCGUGAAUUCAAUAGAACCUAUAAAUGCUGAUUGUCAAUGAAAAUUAUGAUUUGUUUUUGUAAUUCCAUUUAGGAUAUAUUUUAAGAAUGGAUUUCUUUAGAAAACAUUUUAAAGGUGGCUAUAUGAAAACAUUUUACAGCAGGAGCUUGCAAGUUAUGUAACUGGAGGUAGAAUCUCAGUGGAGAAUUAAAUAUUUCAGGUUGUCUGUGGGGAUAAUUUAAUACAAAUCCUGUUUGCUAUGAUUUAGCAACCACAGAAAUUAAUAAAGUGUAAAAGGUA